GUGAUCAGUGAUAAUACUAUACACUGUCAGUGUACUAAUGACACUUGCUGGGAAAAUGCUGGGAAAAGGGUUAACCAGGAUCGGACUGACAACUCAUGGGGCCCCUGGGCAAUAGGGGAUCAUGGGGCCCCUGUGUCCUUGCCCAAACUCAAAAAAGCCUAUGAAAAAGGUACCAGGGGCAUCUCAUGGGACCCCCUACUGACCCCGGGCCUUCGGGCAGUGCCUGAGUUUGCAAAUGGUCAGUCCAUCCCU